AUAAAACACCGGUGCAUCAUUGUUAUCGGUCCCCGGCAGAUCACUUCCAUUGUGGCUUUUUUUAUUUGCACCGUUUUUGUUUUUGUUUUUUCAUUUGCAGUGGGCUUCUGUAUCUUUCUUUUUUUUUUUUGCAUUCUUUUUUUAUUUGCAGCAGUGGUGGUUCUCGGCCACCGUAAUAUCCUGAUAGGGAUCCGUGGUUCUGAAGGAAAAGGGCCUAAAAAACAAGGUAGUUCACAAGUGGGUAAAAACCGUGAUAUGUGCAAAAAUCAGCUAAUUAGCUCCAGAAGAUGGCAGUAAUGCAGUUAUGAUGACGCAGCUGCUGCUAAACCUGCACGUCGAAGAAGAGGGGGAGGCGGAAGAAGAAGGCUCUUCAAAAAUCCUGCCAACAGCCUGAAACGCGUUGCCAGCCUGUGGCUUCGUCUUCCCCUCACUACAGCAUAAUGGAGUUUCUGUCUCACACAGCCAUGAAGAAGGAGCUCUUCUGCACGCUUUGUGCCGCCACCUUCCUCCUCUUCCUCACCAGCACAGUCUCAUCUGCAGACGAAGGCGCUAAUGUGAAAAACUCCCAGUGUCACAACUACGCGGGAGGACACGUCUAUCCCGGGGAGGCUUUCCGUGUGCCUGUGUCUGACCAUUCCCUGCACCUCAGCAAAGCCAAGAGUGAGUGUGUUUCACAUGCUGUCACCCAUGGGUGACAAGUUAUCAUUUGCAUAUUAAUCAAAACAGUGUGUGCAGUGGUUAGCAUUUCCUCUUCUAACAGCUGCUGCAAGUUUUUCAUGGUGACCGAGCAUAAUACAAGGAAAGUGAGUGUAACUUCAGCUUCUGUUGGUUUAUACUUGUGUUUUAUUCCGCAAAAGAGGUCAAUAAAAGUCAGAUCAGAUGAUUUUUGAAGGACACGUCACUCUUAUUACAUUCAAAGCUGAUAUCCCUCCGCCCCUUUCACACAUGACAAGUAGUCUGCCAGGUCACAAUAACAUUACAGAGAGCUGAACAAGUAAACUGGAUUAACUGGAUUUUUUUAUAUGCACUCUAGCAUAGAAAUCUAAGAUCUGUGGCCAUCAAUUUAAUUCACCAACCAAGUGUUUUCUUAAGUUUGUCUAAUGUCUUCCUGUGUUUUGAGACAUAGCUGUGCUCCACAGUUUGCAGCAUUUCUCAACACAGUGGUUGUCAACAUGUCUCACUCUGGGACCCACAUUUUCCACGGCCCUGAAGUCCCGACCCACUUUUAUAGAAUUUAAACCAAGCAAAUUUAUUUUUAAUAAUAAAAAAAAACUUUUAGAGACUCUAAUCUUUAACAUAAAUCCACUUGUUUUAUCGAGUAAAGUGCAUUUGAGAGCACAUGAAGGGGACAACAUGAGGACCACAACUACUGAAGCUGCAUGUACAAAAAAUAUCUAAUAAAUAUCGCAUUAAAUAUUUACUUUUUUGACCAGCUGUUUGUCGCCCAUCCAGAACAUGUUCGUGACCCACUUUUGAGUCAGGACCCACCAGUUGAGAACCACGGUCUUAACACAUUGUUAUAUGGGGCAUCAUGGAUCCAUGUGAUUUUUGAUUGAUGACUUUUUGGAGCCAUGUGCUUCAUUUUAAAACUGAAACAAUACUCAACUCCAGGUUUUGCAUUUAACUUGAUAUUGUGAUGGAGCUGUUAAAUACAGCCAUGCUGUUAUUCAGACUGGCAGCACAAACUGGAGUGCAGUUUGCUUAGAUGAUCCAUACAAUGAGAAAUGAGUCUAGAAAAAGUGCUACAUUUUUUGUUUGGUGGAGAACAGUUUCAGAAAUAAUAACUAAUAAUAAUCUUUAUCAUAACCUGAAUCACAUAGGAGGUGCAUAAGAAACUAUGUAUUUUUUCAUCCCUACUGUUAUUAAACAAUGUGUUUUUCUCGUUCAUCUCCAGUUUCAAAACCUGCACCGUACUGGGAAGGAACAGCCGUCAUUAAUGGUGAAUUCAAGGAGCAGAAGCUGUCAGACUACAAAGGCAAAUAUCUGGUCUUUUUCUUCUACCCCCUGGACUUGUGAGUACCAUCAGAGAGGCACAUUAUGUCAGCAUUUGUCAUGUGUCAUUGGAGUUUCUGCACAGCUGAGUGUCCUUUCUUUAAGUGUGCUUGUUCUGUUUCUGCAGCACAUUCGUCUGCCCCACUGAGAUCAUUGCAUUCAGUGAUAGAGUGCAUGAGUUUAAAGCAAUCAACACAGAGGUGGUCGCCUGCUCUGUGGACUCUCAGUUUACCCACCUUGCCUGGUAAGUUUCCCACAACCACAAAAUUACCACACAUAAAUUUGACUUGAGGGACACAUUGGAUUAGAAAUUCAGAUGGUGUUGUGUCUUUUCUCAGUUGGGAUUAUUGACUUGUUCUUUGGUUUGUUUUUUGUUUUGUUAACUUGCUUCAAAGCUUCACUUUCUUCUAAACUUUUGUCCCCCAUGCCGUCUCAUUAACAGGAUAAAUACACCCAGGAAGGAGGGUGGACUUGGACCAAUGAAAAUCCCUCUGUUGUCUGAUCUCACUCACCAGAUUUCCAAAGAUUACGGAGUCUACCUGGAGGACCAAGGUCACACUCUGAGGUACAGUUUCAUCUCUACAUUCAUGGCCUUUAUCCAAGGUUUAUAGGAGAACGUCCAGUGAAACAGCUCUGUUUUCUUAUACUGAGAUGCUCAAGGAGUGAUCAGUAAGUUGUAAGAGUAGGUAUGAAGACAUGAAGUUGGACCAAUCUGUCUUCUUCAAACUUAAAUGACAUGUGAUGUUUCUAUAAUUUGGUCUCUGUUCCUUUAAUUGGUCUCAUCCUAGUAGAGUCUCACUGUAAAUAACCAUCAACUUUAUCUAUUAGAGGACUUUUCAUCAUUGAUGACAAAGGCAUCCUGAGGCAGAUCACCAUGAAUGAUCUUCCAGUAGGACGGUCCGUGGAUGAGACUCUGCGGCUGGUGCAGGCCUUUCAGUACACAGACAAACACGGAGAAGGUAUAAGAAGUCCGUUUCAUUCACAGAUUUAUUCAAAGUAACAGUGACAAUUUGAAUCUGUAUUCUGAAGUGUUUAAUGUUUUAAUGUUUUUUUUUUUUUUUCAGUAUGCCCAGCAGGUUGGAAGCCAGGCAGUGACACAGUGAGUAUUGUUAUACAUAGAACUAGUGUAGUGGUAGUGGAUCAUUUUGGAUGGAGACUAAAUUUAGCUCGUAAUGAACGCAAGAUUUUUUAAUUAUGAAAUGAGAUGCUGCUUAAUAUAAGGUAAAUUACAUGAUGAAUCUACCUUGGCCUGGUUUCAAGAGUAUGAGAAAUAUUUUAGAAUUUAUUACUUAACUUAUCGUGUACUAAUUUCUUUCUUUCUGUGCCACAGAUCAUUCCUGACCCUUCAGGCAAGCUGAAGUAUUUUGAUAAACUGAACUGAUCGAGUUUCAACCAUCCCAGUCUGUGAAAUCCAAUUCAACUAAAGUACAAAUAAAACACGUUUUCCAAAUAUGCUGUCAGUUUGACCUGUUAUAUUAAUCUGAGUUUUAGAGUCUGUAUAACACUGGGAAGGAGCAGCUGCCAACGGUGUGAAACCACCCAGUAGCUGCCAGAUGCUCAACUACAACAGAUUAAAACGAG